AGUGGAUGAUGAAGCAGCUGCUCCUCCCUGUGGCCAGAAUCGAACAUCCCCUCAGGAGAAGGUUAAAUUGCCUCUGCGUCUGUGUCUGUCUCGGUUCUGUGUGUGUAUGGGCAUUGAAUGUUUGCCCUAUAUGUAUAUAAUGUGAUCUGUUUAUAUAUAUAUAAAUGGUUCUGUUUAUAUGGUUAUGCAUUUUAUAAUAGCUUUAUUCUUAAAAUCCAAAAUCCAAAAAUGCCCAUUUCUACCAAAUGAACCCAGGCAACAUCAGGUACUUAGGCAACAUUAUUUAUUUAUUUAUUUACAGUAUUUAUAUUCCGCCCUUCUUUCUCACCCUGAAGGGGACUCAGGGCGGAUCACAUUAUAUACAUAUAGGGCUAACAUUCAAUGCCCAUAUACACAUAGAACCGAGACAUCCACUGUGACAACACUUCCUCAUUCCAACGUCAUAAAUUAGUUAAAUUUGCCUCCCCACUUUAUAAGUGGUACCUUAUUUACUACUUGAUAGAUGCAACUAUCUUUCGGGUUGCUAGGUCAGCAACAAGUGGGGGCUAUUUUUUUUAAUUGACGGGUGCUCACCUCGCCACGGGAUGGCCUCGAACUCAUGACCUCAUGGUCAGAGUGAUUUAUUGCAGCAGGCUGCUCACCAGCCUGCGCCACAGGAUGUUGUGGAUGUUGUCCAUCUACAACCUUAUGCAUUUUAUUAAUGGGAUAAUUCAUUUUAAAAAAAUUAAAAUCCCCUUUCAAAUAACCCGGGCAUCGCCAGGUACCCAACCAGGUAUAUAGUAAUAAAUGUCAGUGUUUGUGGGUAUGUAUGUUUGUAUGUACAUAUGUAUGUAUGCGGCGGUGUAUACUUCCGCCCUGGGAUCUGACUCCCACAGACCACUGCAACCCCUCAUAAAAGAUGCAUCUGGAGCAGUUUGGACAAGGAUGGACCACGGAUGAAGGAAUUUGCAGUACCAUCACCUGCUUUACAGACCACACAACCCCCACCAAUGACAGACUAGGACCAAUCUUGGAACACAAACUCCCUAUGACUUUCAACCCUGGAGAAUUUGGUAAAUGAUGGAACAUGGAUGAUAGGAUCUGAAGUACCUUCACCCACAUCCAGAGACUAUUCCUAACCUCCUCAGUCAUGUAUCUGUACCAAAGACUGCACAGACCCCCAUGACUCCUCUUAUAUACUGCUGAGGUUUUUGGGAGGAUUGACCACAGGCGAUGGGAUUUCCAGUACCUUCAGCCCCAUCCAGAAACUACUGCAAACCCCAUCGGCCAUAGAUCUGCAUCAAUGGGCCCAUUCAUAAUAUCCAAAACAACUCAAUGUCCGCUACUAAUAACCCGGGCACCGCCGGGCCCCCAAGCUAGUCCCUAAUAAAAGUUUCAAUACCUUUUAACCUUCUCUUCUCAUGGUAGUUAUUAUGUAUCUCUUUCUUGACUCCAGCAUGAGAGCUUUCCCUUUUUUCCACUUGAAACUAGCCUCUCAUAAUAUACUCUCUUCCCUCUCAGGUUGCUGGCAGUCGCCAGCAGCUGGCUAAGCGUGGUUCCUUUAAACCGCAGUUAUGGAGAUCCCAGGACCUCCGUAACCACGCAUUAACAGAUUGACACCAAAUUCACACCACUUCUUUCUGAACUAAUCCUAAGCAUAACUGCUAUCCUGCUUUUUGCAUUUGGAACUCCUCCGCUCCAGGAAUCACCUUUAUUCCUAUAAGAGUCAAAUUUAAAGAGACGACAGCUGAUUAUCAAAGGAACCUCUCUACCGCUGUGCUGAUGUAUCACUGCCGUUCCCUCAGAUCGUGAAGUUCGGACUGCAUGGUGGGCACGGAGGGGGGAUCACCCAAAGGUCUCCUCAUGCCCCGGCCAGCGAUCACCACCACCAUUGACCCUUUUAAAAUGGACUUUGGCCAGCUUGGACUUGAUUCAUGGACACUUAUUGAAGCCUUUCCUUUUCCUUGGAUUUCAUGCCUUCCUAUGUGACUUAUAAGAUUACACUUACUCUUUGGGGGUGGGAGUGGGUGAAUAUGAUUCCUGAUCCUCUGAAUGUAUCCUUAUAUGUGUCCUUUCCCCGUAUCCCCCAUAUAUGAUCUAUUAUAUGAAAUACUAGCUGUGCCCGGCCACGCGUUGCUGUGGCGUUAUCUGGUGGUGUUGGUGAGAAAUUUGAGUUAGUGGUGGUAUUGAAUGUCUGUUGUAUGGUUGCCUUUAUGUUUAGUAUGUAUUUGGUUGUUUGUGUAAUGUGAAAGUGGUGAGAGUAGAGGGGGUCUUUGUCGCUGUGUAGUAUUGUAUAGUAUGCAUACAUUGUCCAAGUAUUGUGAAUGGUUAGAUUGUGUCUUGGUGCAUAGUAGAAAGGGUUGGGGUGGAUGGCCGUUAGGGGUGUGUCCAAAUUAUUGGAUGGUAUAGUUCUAUGAUUAUUAUUAAUAUUAUUGUUGCUGUUAUCAUCAUGAUUAUUAUCUUUAUUAUCAUCAUUAUUAUUAUAUAGUGGGUGGAUGGCCAUCUGUCAGGAGUGUUUGAUUGUGUGGUCUUGCAUGGUAGAAGGAGGUUGUACUGGAUGAUUCUUAGGGCUGUCUGGAAACAUGAAGAUUCCGUGAUAUUGUUAUUAGCAUUAUUAUUAUGAAGAGGCUGUAUGGCCAUCUGUUGGGAAUGUUUGGAUUGUGUUUUCCAUGGCAGGAAGGGGUUGGACUGGAUGGGCUUUAGGGGUCUCUCCUAUCUCUGUGAGUGUAGGAUUCUAUUAUUAUUUUUAUGGUGGAGAUUGUGGAGAUAUUGGAUGGCCAUCUGUCAGGAGUGUUUGGAUUGUGUGGUCUUGCCUGGUAGAAGGAGGUUGUACUGGAUGAUUCUUAGGGCUGUCUGGAAACAUGAGGAUUCCAUGAUAUUGUUAUUAGCAUUAUUAUUAUGAAGACGCUGUAUGGCCAUCUGUUGGGAAUGUUUGGAUUGUGUUCUCCAUGGCAGGAAGGGGUUAGACUGGAUGGCCUUUAGGGGUCUCUGCUAUUUCUGUGACUGUAGGAUUGUAUUAUUAUUUUUAUGGUGGAGAUUGUGGAGAUAAGCACCAAAACAUCAUGUUAGACAACACAUUUGGUAGAAAAAGUAGUUCAAUAUGCAGUAAUGUUAUGUUGUAAAUACUGUAUUUAGGAAUUUAGCAGCAAAAUAUCAUGAUAUAUUGAAAACAUUGACUACAAAAAUGGCUUGGAUAAUCCAGAAACUUGGAUAAGCGAGGCUUGGAUAAGUGAGACUCUACUGUAAAUAAUUCGGAUGAUGGGCGGGCGCUAGGAUCCAGGGGACAGCCUUUUCCCAUUGCCUGCCUUUCCUCUCCCCUGCCGGCCAUGAGGCUUUCUCUUUCCCUCCCGGCAUGGCUCCCAAUGGUGCGUUGUGGGUUCUGUCCAUGUGGAGGUGCAUGACGUGAUUUUGCGUUGUUUCAACCUUAAGGCGUGGAUGAUGGGUUGUGUUGUCAAAUUUCGAGGUUGGGGGGCCUUUACUUUUGUUGUUUUGCUUGGUGCCGCGAUUCCAUCACCCUUUGAUAUAUAUAGAUUAAGAUCCACCUCCAUUUGACCUCAGCUGCCGCAUUCCUGAGAGGGGAAAUCCUCUUACAAAAGGACUCAAUCAAACACAUUUGCAUGAACAAUGAACAAUGGACGUUCCUCCCAAACCUCAGAGCAGACCAUUUGAGUGUGGUGCCCGCUUGGUAUUGUCUUGUCAUAUUCAGAUCUGGGAUGAUUUCGCCUUCGGAAAGCCAAGAUCGUCCUAACUGUGUUGUCGAAGGCUUUCAUGGCCGGGAUCACAGGGUUGUUGUAUGUCUUUCAGGCUGUGUGGCCAUGUUCCAGAAGUAUUCUCUCAUGACGUUUCGCUCACAUCUAUGGCAGGCAUCCUCAGAGGUUGUGAGGCAUGGAUAAACUAGGCAAGGAAAGGAAAAAAUAUAUAUCUGUGGAGAAUCCAGGGUGUGACAAGAGCCCUUUGUCAGUUGGAAGCCAGCGUUAAUGUUUCAGUUAAUCACCCUAAUUAGCAUUAGAAAGGUUUGUCUCUUGCCUGGGAGGCAUCCUUUGUUCAGAGUCAUUAGCUGUCCUUGGGGCUCCUCUGCCCUCAGAGUGUUGCUUCUCAUCUACUGUUCUGAUUUUUGAGUUUUUUAAUACUGGUAGCCAGAUUUUGUUCAGUUUCAUGGUUUCCUCCUUUCUGUUGAAGUUGUCCACAUGCUUGUGGAUUUCAAUGGCUUCUCUGUGUAGUCUGACAUGAUAGUUGUUGGAGUGGUCAAGCAUUUCUGUGUUCUCAAAUAAUAUACUGUGUCCAGGUUGGUUCAUCAAGUGGCUGAUUUCUCUGGUUGAGUGAGUCUGCAGUGCCUUUCAUGUUCUUUGACUCGUGUUUAGGCGCUACAUUUGGUGGUCCCUAUGUAGACUUGUCCACAGCUGCAUGGUAUCCGGUAGACUCCUGCAGAGGAGAGAGGAUCCCUGUUGUCUUUCGCUGACCGUAGCAUUUGUUGGAUUUUCUUUGUGGGUCUGUAGAUGUUUGUAGGUUUGCUUCUUCAUCAGUUUGUCUAUGCGGUCAGUGGUUCCCUUGAUGUCUGGUAAGAACACCUUUCCUCUGGGUGGAUCUUUGUCUUGACUCUCAUGGCUUGCUCUUGGCCUUGCAGGUCUUCUGAUGUCUGUGAUGGAGUCUCCAUUGGCCUAUAGAGCCCAGUUGAGGUGGUUUGGUUCACCUUGGAGGAGGUGAGGUUCGUACAUUCUUUGUGCACGGUCUGUCAGGGCUUUGAUUGUGCUUCUUGUUUUGACUUGGGUGAUGGUUUGAGUUUUUAUGAAGGUAUCUAUCGGUGUAUGUAGGUUUUCUGUAAACUGUGUAGCCCAAUUGUUGAUUGGGUUUGCGGAUGACCAAAACAUCUAGAAAUGGCAGUUUUCCUUCCUUUUCUUUUUCCAUGGUGAAUUGGAUGUUUGGGUGGAUGCUGUUAAGGUGGUUCAGGAACUUGCUGAGUUCUUCCUCUCCAUGGCUCCAAAUGGUGAAGGUGUCAUCUACAAAUCUGAACCAUACAGUUGGAUUUUUUGGUGCUGUUUCUAGCGCCUGUUUUUCAAAGUGUUCCAUAUAGAAAUUUGCUACUGGGCUGAGAGGGCUCCUCAUGGCCACUCCAUCUUUCCGUUCAUAGAAUUCAUUGUCCCACUGAAAGUAGCUAGUGGUGAGGCAAUGGUGAAACAGGGCUGUGAUGUCUUCUGGGAAGUUUUGUUUGAUUAGUGUGAGGGUGUCAGCUACUGGGACCUUGGUAAAUAGGGACACCACAUCGAAGCUGCGAACUAUAUCAAGGACUCAACACACUUCAUAGAAAAGAUCAGCAACCUCAAGCUAAGCACCAAGGACAUCCUGAUCAGCUUCGAUCAGUGGGACAAUGGAUUCUAUGAACAGAAAGAUGGAGUGGCCAUGAUAGAGUUACAAGCUGAGUAGAUGCAGGGAAUGUCGUGGAUGGAACGUAUCUGGAUUUCAGGAAGGCUUCAUGAGGAACGUCUGAAAGAGCUGGGCAUGUUUAGCCUGCAGAAGAGAAGGCUGAGAGAAGACAUGAUAACCAUGUAUAAAUAUGUGAGGGGAAGUCAUAGGGAGGAGGAAGCCGGCUUGUUUUCUGCUGCCCUGAAGAGAGACUAGGACACAAUGGAGCAAUGACUCCAAACUACAGGAAAGAAAGGUUAUUCCAUCUGAACAUGAGGAAGAACUUCCUGACUGUGUGAGAGAGCUAUUCAAUGGAACUCUCUCUCUGUCCUAGAGUGUGGUGGAGGUUCCUUCUUUGGAGGCUUUUAAGCAGAGGCUGGAUGGUCAUCUGUCAGAGGGUGCUUUAAUUGUGAUUUUCCUGCUUCUUGGCAGAAGGGGGUUGGACUGGAUGGCCCACGUGGUCCCUUUCAACUCUAUGAUUCUAUGGUUCUAUCCCAUUCCUCUUAUAUCUCUUCUUUCUGCAUGUUUGGUCAUUUGUUCAAGGAAGGCUUCAUCCAGUUCUUCAGUCUGGUUUAGAGGCCUGUAGUAGACCCCCACAACUAUAUUUAUUUCAGUCCUUAUUCCCUUAAUUUUUAAAAAAUAUUUUUAAUUGAAGUUUUACCUUAUAAGAUAGAGUAAAUUAACAUCGAAAGAGUGAGAACAUUUGAUUGUAUAGAAAGUAGGAAAACUGAGAUUAAAAAAGGAUCAAAAAGGAGAGAGAGAAAAAAACCAAAAAACAAAAACAAAGCUAGUGUCCAUAUUUAUAUAAAAAUAAAAAUAAUAAAUCUAAACAAAUGGUGAUAUGAAAAUGCAAAAGUACUUGGCAAAGAAACACACCAAAAAGCAAAAACAAAAAGCAUUAGCACUGGCAUUAAACACUUUGAAUAAAAUCGCUAGGUUAGAAGCAGAUGACAUUGGAAAUGGUCUAACAAAGAACUGCCAAAAACUGUUAAAGUUAAACUAAACAAUCAUUGUUGUUCCAGUACAACAGUUGGAAAAUGAAAUAAUAAUAGUAGUAGUAGUAGUAAUAGUCAGGAUUUACAAGCAGUAUGUCAUCAUUUGGUUAACAGAGAGAUAUAAAAGAAUAAUAUAAUGUGCAUUUAUGAUAAGUCUAUUUUUCAUUGAGGCUACUAAUUAGGCUUGCUCAAAAAAUUCGAUUCCUCCGUAUGUCGUAUGCAAUUCGUUUGUUUUGUUGCUUUUGAAGCGAUAUUCGACGCGGAUUUUCCCGUCGUGUGGAUCCUGCGGUAUUGAACCGUCAUGGCCUAUUUUUCUGAUGUCAUCGUAUUUUUUUUCGGAAGCAAAGCAAGCAUUUGCAAAUCGCCCAAAUUUGUUUUGGUGCACUGGGUCAACCUAGCCUGUUGUCUCCUCCCUGUGGCCAAUCGGAGAGCACGUUGAACUUAGGGGAGGGGCUUGUACGUCCUCAAUGAAAAGAGCCUGCAGGGUGCCUCGUGGCUCAUUCGUGCUGGGGAUCUGGAGAGGGUGGUUGGGCUUAGCUCAGUGUGGUUCCAGGCAAGAUUUUUCUGCUGCGUCACAGACUAGCUUCCUUGCCAAAGAAGAUUGGGAAAAGGGUGGGUGUUUUGGGAAAAGGGUGUUUUUUAAAAGGGCCUGUGGGGUUUUUUUCCCACCAGCUUCGUGUUUGCCCGCCAGCGCUGUUAUUUUCCUGCUGCACCAUAUUGUCUGGGUGGGGGGUGGGGUGGGCUUUUAGUUUUUAGUAAUAUUUUUUCGGUUAAAGAAUAAAAGUAAGGAGCACUUAUUUCAGGAGCUUUUUUGGGGUUUCUGAGGAAACGUUUCUUUGUAUAUUUUUUAAGCAUUAAGCAGAGUUACAAAUACAGGAAGUCCAAUUUUCCAAUUUUCGUUUUGCAAAGUCUGGCAUAUACUAGAAUUCCCCAUGAUCCCCAUAAGACGAACUUGGGGAUAAGGGGCCUGGAGUUUUUCCUUUGUUUGGUUCUAUUUCAAACCUUGCUGGUCUCCUAUAACACAGCAGCUCGUUUUGUAAAGUCUGGCAUAGAAUAAAAUUCCCAUUAUCCCCAUAAGAAGAACUUGGGGAUAAGGGGCUCGAGAUUUUCCUUUGUUUGGUUUUAUUUCAAACCUUGCUGGCCUCUUAUAACACAGCAGCUCAUUUUGCAAAAUCUCCACUCACUACUGACAGUGAGGAGGAGGAAGAUGAAAUAGUACCAUCAAAUCUUGGACUUUCUCGGGCUGCUGUUAUGACGCCCACGACUCCAACCUCCCCCUGUCCCAUCGGCAGCACUCAAAGUUCCCUGGGCAUUGGCGCUGUGGCAAUGGGAAGGCCAAGGUCUUAUAUUUGGGACCAUUUUAAUGUCCAUGCUCAGCGUGCCACUUUGGCAGUUUGUAGGCACUGUGGGGCAAAUAUCAGCAGCAGGAGAGACCCGAGACAUCUUGCAACCUCACGGUUGAGCUCUCACAUGAAGCAGCAUCACCCCACUAUAUUGAUAGGAGGGGGAGCCGCAAGCCCUUGCAGUGGUAGCAUAAGCACACAAAGUUCUCCUUGUUUAGAGGGUGGGAGGAAGACACAGGCCACCUUGGAGGAUUGGGGUCUACCAUUAGCCAGGAAGAGAACGUGGGAAAUGUUACCCACACCCCACCACAUAACCCAAUGUGUGGGAGAGAUGAUGGCCCUCGAUCACCAUCCAUUCCGCAUGGUCGAGCAAUAUGGCUUUGUUCCCCUGAUGGAACUCCUGUGCCCCCGCUACAAAAUCCCCUCCCGUCACACCUUUUCCCUAACAGUUAUACCCGGCUUUUAUGAGGGCUGCAAGGAACGCAUUGUCCAGAUGUUGCAGAGCGUCAUGGGAGGACACAUCCAUUUUACCUCUGAUAUUUGGUCGAACUUGGUAGGAGGCCAUUCCUACCUCUCUCUGAUGGCGCAUUGGUGGGAGAAAGAAGGCAGUAUGGAUACAUCCCAUCAUUGGGCACUCCUCACUAUGGAGGUAGUUGAUCGUGAUCAUAAGGCUGACACCAUCUGCAGCUAUCUUGAAAACAUGAUGCGGUGGAUGUGGUGCAGGCCAAAAGAAAUGAGGAGAGAGGCGCUCCUCUCGCUCCCGCCUUUGUCUCAAAUGCGGCUGGUGGGGACGAGGGAGAGGGCCUUCUCGGCAGUGGCCCCCAUCCCGGCUCUGGAACUCUCUCCCUAAGGAGAUCAGGUUAGCUCCUUCUCUGCCCAUUUUCCGUCGGGAAUUGAAAACAUGGUUGUUCCAGAGCGCGUUUAAAUGAACAGGCCCAAAAGAGCCGUUAUGAGAAUACUUCUUUCUGUUUUGAAAGCAUAUGGCACUUUAUUACUGCUACUUAUUUCCAUGAUACAGCACUUUAUGAAACCUGUCCCCACUGGGUUGCUUUUAAUUACUCUGAUUUUAUCUGCUUGGAUUUUAAUGUAUUUGUCCAUUAAUUUAUUUUGUGUAUUGUUGGAAUGUUUUAAGUUUAUGUUAAAUAUGUUGUUGUUGUUCAGGCUUGUCCCUGUUGUGAGCCGCCCCGAGUCCCUUCGGGGAGAUGGGGUGGGAUAUAAAAAUAAAGUUUAUUAUUAUUAUUAUUUAGAGGGUUCAUGGUGACUGACACUGGAAAAAAUAUGAUCAAAGCGGUGGAAAAUGCUGGCUUUACGAAUGUUACCUGCAUGGCCCACUUGCUUCACAAUACCAUCAAGGAAGGUUUAAAGAGCACCGAAGAGCAGCAGACCAACACCGCAAACAUCGCCCUGCUGAUCGAGUGCUGUAGAAAGAUUGCGGGCUACAGUAGAGUCUCACUUAUCCUUUGACCCAAAUUUUGCCGGAUGAUAUAGAACGAGCCCACUGGGCUUAUAGAGGUAGAAAAAAACCCAGAGACAUUUUGAUCCGAUUUUCAAGGGAGGCAACGAAGGAAAAGGUGUAUAAUCAGCUUCAGAAAAUAAAAGACCUUACCUUGGUAGGUAAAAAGGUCUGGCCUCUCCUGGAUCUUUCAUCAGAGACAUUGGAUAAAAGAGCACAGAUGAAAGAAAUUACAAAAGUCCUAGAGAGGAAGAACCAGCGAUAUAUUUGGGCUUUUCCUGCUACCCUGAUCAUCUAUAAAGAUGGAAAAUUAUAUAAAGCUACUGAUUUGGCUAGUGGAAAGACCAUGCUUAGACUUCUGAGAUUUUGUACAGAAGGGGGAGUAUUGGAUGAGAUGGAGGAAUCAGAUAAUGAAGAGGUUAAUAGAAGUUUCAAAAGAAAGAAGGGGACUAAAAAGGCCAAGGACACUCUUCAGGCAGCUGGACAGAUAAGAUCAACAGAGCUGGAAGCUGCAGACAGAGGCGGGCAAAUAGAAUCAUGCUCGACUCAGAGUAUAUUUGUUAUUGGAGACUCGAUGAAUAGGGAAGGAGAGCAGGGACAAGAUUUACAAGAGACUAUAGACUUAAGAAAUUUGAAGGAAAUGGACUUAGAUCAAAUACAAACUUUGGAAAAACAAUUGAGACAACUAAAAAAGCAAAAGCUGAAAGAGGAAACAAGGAGAAUGGAAGCAAGAUCCAAGAUGUAAGGGGGAAAAAACCACUUUGAUAAACUGGGUUAAAUUUUUUUGCAGGAGUGGGAACUGGAGAAGGGCAACGCAGCCACCAAGAGGAGUCUGGGAAGGGAAGAGAAUAGAACUUUUUGAAUCUCGAGGGACAGGGAACUCACGAGGGGUAGCAAUUCUAAUCAAUGAAAAUGUUCUAUUUCAGGAGCUUGAUGUUCAAAAAGAUAGGGAAGGAAGAAGUUUUCGUGAAAGGGAAGAUAAAUCAGGUUUAAAUAACAUUAGCUGUGAUGUAUGCACCUAAUAGAAACACAAAACAGUAUAUAUUGAAUACAAAAAAGAAGCUGGAUAAUUAUGCUGAAGGGACAUUGAUUUGGGCAGGUGAUUUCAAUUUGGACUUAACUAAAAAAUAAAUAAAAAGCAAUAAAUGAAAAUAAGCUUAAUAUGGUGGAUGCACAUGCAAAUCAAAGUAUUAGGGAUACCUUUUAUUCAGCAAGACAUAAUAAAUUUAGCUGUAUAGAUUACAUCUUAUUAAAUAAUGCAAGCAAAGCCCAAAUAAAGAAGGUAGAAAGGAAACCAAUAUUUUUGUCAGACCACAGUCCUCUGAUUGCAACCUUGGGAUUGAGUAAUGAGAUUAGACAAAGAAUUUGGAGAUGUAAUCCGGUGGUAACAGAAAAAGAUGAAUAUAAAUUGAAGCUUCAGGAGGAGAUAAAAGAAUAUUAUAGAAUAAAUGAUAUUGGAGAGUUAUCUAAAACUGUGGUGUGGGACCUCAUUUAAGAGGUCAGUGUAUUAGUAUUGAGUCCUACAUAAGGAAACAUUGGAGAGAGAAAAGAAAAAUGUAUAAAAGAAAUUGAAUCAAUACAGAAACAAUUGUAUAGUAUAGUAUAUAAGUAGUAUAUUAGGCAGAAAAAGAAAGAAUUGGAAUUAAUGGAUGAGGUGCAAUGGAACUAAAUGAGACAGAGUGUGAGGCAACAAAUUAAUGGAUGGGGUGCAAAAUCAAUGAAACAAAUGGUGAGAUAUUUAAAGAGGAGAAAGGAAAAGUCAUGUAUAACAAAACUUAAAGAUAAAAAUGGAUUGGUGAAAGAUGGGAGAAAGGAACUAGAAGAAAUAAUGAGAGAUUUUUACAGGGAGUUGUACCAAAAAGAAUAGGUGAAUAAUUAAGAAAUAAAAUUUGGGAAUAAAGUAAAUGAGGAGGAUAAAAACAUGCUAAAUGAAGAAAUAACACAGGAAGAAGUAAUUCAGGUAAUUAAAGGACUGAAACAAUAUAAGGCACCUGGUAUAGAUGGAUAUACAGCAGAAUUUUAUAAGACCUUUAUGCAUGAGAUGGUACCAUAUAUGGCUGAAAUGUUUAAUGAGGUAUAUAUGAGAGGUAUUGUCCCGGAAACAUGGAAACUUUCUGAAAUUAUUCCAGUUCUGAAGCCAGAUAGACAACCAGAGCUCCCAGAAUCAUAUCGUCUGAUCCGUUUAGCAAACCAAGAUUAUAAGAUAUUCAUGAAAAUUAUAGCAAAUAAAUUGGAAAUUAUUCUACCAAAGAUUAUAGGAGAAGACCAAUAUGGUUUGUUAAAGGGCGGAGUAUAAGUGAACCAAUAAGAAAUGUUGUUAAUGCGAUUUGCCAAGCGACAAAAACAAAAAGAAAAUGGUCAAUUCUAAAGUUAGAUGUGUAUAAAGCUUUCGACAAAGUAAACCACGAAUAUCUGUAUAGAUUAGGUAAACAACUAAAUCUGGAGAAUAAUUUUUGUGAAAUGAUUAAAAAUGUAUAUAGGGAGAAUACGGCUUGCAUUAGAGUGAAUGGACAAAGAACAGAAAACAUUCAAAUUGAGAAUGGGACCAAACAAGGCUGUCAGUUAUCUCCAAUGUUAUUUGCUCUGGUAAUAGAACCCCUAGCAUAUAAAAUAAGGAUGGAUGAAACAUGGGAAGGGUAUAAGUUUGGGAGGAAGGAGGAGUUGAGAUUGAACCUAUAUGCGGACGAUGCAAUAAUAAACACAGAGACCAAGGGAAAUUAUUAAAUCAAUGAAAAUAAUAUUGAGGGAGUUUAAAAAAGAAUCAGGGCUAUCAGUAAAUAUGGAGAAAUCAGAGAUAUUAUUUAUCAAUACGCCCCCGAAGGAACAAUUAGAGAUAAGGAAGGAAUCAGGAUUAAAAUUGGGUAUUAAAAAGAUGAAGUAUCUGGGAAUUUGCAUAUAUAAGACACUUGAUAAAAUAAUAGAUGGAAAUUAUAAAAUGGCAUGGAAGAGAAUGUUAAAACAAAUGAGUAGGUGGAAGAAUAAAAAUUUGAGACAGAUGUCUAGGAUAAGGGCAUUGAAAAUAUUGAUAAUUCCAAAAAUGAUGUAUUUAUUUCAGGCUGUCCCAGGAAUUCCUCCCAUGGCAAAAUUAAAGGAAUGGGAUAGGAAACUAAAUUAUUGGGUUGAAGGGGGGAAGUAAGGAAAAAAUUGAUAAUUGCAAAAGAAAUGAAAGGGGGAUGGGGCUGUCCAUGCCUAGAGCUAUAUAGUGAUGCCUUCCAAAUCGAAAGAGCGAUAGAAUAACAAGUGACAAAUAAAAAAUGGGUGAGAUUUGAAAAGGAAAUGAAUAGAGUUAAUUGUGAAAAAAUUAUAUUUAGAAAAUGGGAUAAGAGAAAUAUAGAUAAAUUAAUAGGAUCAAUGAAAGGAACAAUGCAAGUGUGGAAGAAAUGGCAAGGGAGAAUAAGUAGCUUAAAAUCUAAAAUAUCAACAGUAUGGAUAAUGAAUAAGGAUAAAGAAUCAAAUAUGAAUAGAAAUAUUCAAAUAUUGAAGGAAAAAGGAAUAGAGAGAGUAGAACAACUAUAUGACAGAGAGGGAACGGUAAGAGAAAAUAAAAUUAAACAAUGGCUUGGACAAGAAAAUUGGUUACAGAUAAGAGCAAUCUGUGCAUAUUGCAAAAUAAAAGAAAAUAUUAAUAUGGUUAAGAGAGAAGAGAAUGCCUUUGAAAAGAUAAUAAGAGAAAAGGGAGAAGGAAAGAAGGCACAGGCCAGCAAAAUAUAUACAAUGCUGAUAGAGGCUGAUGGAUGUAUAAUAUGGGAUCUGAAAAGUAUGUGGGAAACGGAGUUGCAAAUCACAGAACAAAAGAUGAGAAAUGUGAGACAAUAGGGAUGAAAAGGAAUACUAUAGUACGAGAAAUAAGGAGGAAAAUAUUGCACAAAUUGUAUCGUACACCCUACAAUAAAAAGGGGAGUAGUCAGUGCUGGCAUGGAUGUCAUCAGAAAGGGCGGUUUAUGCACAUGAUGUGGGAAUGUGAAUAUGUACAAUAUUUCUGGCAGACUAUGCAAAAAGAGUCAAAUCCAAUACUAAGAAAUGAGUGGGUCAUAACAAAGGAAAUAGCGGUAUUAGGGAAAAGAGAGGAAACGGGAAAUAAAAGGGAAAUAAAAGAAGCAAUAAUUGAAUGUGCACAAGCAGUAAUAGUAUUAGGGUGGAAAGAUAAAUCAAAAUGGUCAGUAAGUAAAUGGUACCAAUAUAUGGUGGAGCAAAUGGAAUUUGAAAUUAUGAAUGUGAAACUAAAUGUUGUAAAAACUAAUGAAAAUAGAACAAGAGAAAUGGAAGAAAGAUGGACAAGGGUAAAGAACUAUAUCAUGAAUCAAUCUGGAGAUCAAGCCAUAAGAAAUAAGAUACAAAUGUUAUAUAGUAUAUAGGAUGAAAAUGGAUAAAGAUAAAGAUAUAAAGAUUAUCUCACGAAUAAACAAAUAUGUAAAAAGAAAACAAUCCUCGUGUUGGUGGUGGGAAUUGUAAAUGUUUUGUAUGUCUACGGUAUGUAUUUUUGUGUUUUAAAAAAUAAAAAUUUGUAAAAAAAAAAAGAGUCUCACUUAUCCAACAUAAACGGGCCGGCAGAACGUUGGACAAGCGGAUAUGUUGGAUAAUAAGGAGAGGUUAAGGAAAAGUCUAUUAAACAUCAAAUUAGGUUAUGAUUUUACAAAAUAAGCACCAAAACAUCAUGUUAUACAACAAAUUUGACAAAAAAAGUAGUUCAAUACGCAGUAAUGCUACGUAGUAAUUACUGUAUUUACGAAUUUAGUACCAAAAUAUCACAAUGUAUUGAAAACAUUGACUACAAAAAUGCGUUGGAUAAUCCAGAACGUUGGAUAAGUGAGACUCCACUGUACUUCCACAGGAGCACCAAGGCAGCCCGGGAGCUGAGAGAGAGACAGAACUUGGAAUGGCUCCCGCAGCACAAGCUGCUCCAGGACGUCUCCACCCGGUGGAAUUCAACCUAUAAGAUGCUGGCACGCAUGGUCGAGCAGCAGAAGGAGGUCCACGGCAUCUCCCUUUCCCCCCUUGCGCCUGCAAGCAAGCAAGAGUGGGAAACCAUGUCCCAGCUGGUAGAUGUCCUGAAGCCAUUCAAAGAUGCCACAGAGACCCUUUCCGAAUCGAGAGCCCUUCUUAGCCAGGCGGUCCCCCUUGUCUUGGGGCUAAAGAGGCACCUUUUUUUUUAGUAUUUAAUCUCAUUUAUUUGACACAAACAUAUGUAUAAUACCAGAUUAUUUCUCAUCACUCACACAUUCCAAAAAGGCAAAGAAUUGUUAGAUUUAUUUAUUUAUUUAUUUAUUUACAGUAUUUAUAUUCCGCCCUUCUCACCUCGAAGGGGACUCAGGGCGGAUUACAAUGAACACAUAUAUGGCAAACAUUUAAUGCCAAAAGACAAACAACAUACAUUAGACAGACUCAGAGGCAUUUUUAACAUUUUUCCAGCUUCAUGAUUCUGGCCACAGGGGGAGCUGUUGCUUCACCGUCCAGUAGUGGCUGUACUUCCUCAUUCCUUUCCUCGUGUUUUGCUGGCAGUUUUAUGGUGUUGUAAAAUAGCCUCCCCGCAUAAAGCGUCCCUAAAUUUCCCUAAUUGACACAUGCAACUGUCUUUCGGGGCUGCAUAGGUCAACAGCAAGCCGGGGCUAUUAAUGGUCGGAGGCUUAACCCGACCCGGGCUUCGAUCUCAUGACCUCUCGGUCAGUAGUGAUUUAUAGCAGAUGGUUACCACAUUAACACCAACUUUCCUUUGUUCCUUUAAGACACAGACAAUGCCCAAUCCUCUUCUUGGCAUAAUGUAAGAAUUGCAGAAAACACUGUCCUUGGUAAACAAAUAUGCCAACCAGGAUUACCCAUUAUAUCAAUUGCUGUUAAAGCAUUGCUUUCUAAUGCUUUGCUGUUGCGUUUGCACGGCUGGGGAAAUGAGCCUACAAAUAAUUAGACUCUUGGUCUACUUUGAAAAAAGUUGAAAAAUAAUAUCUUAGAAGAAUGAUUUUACUGUCCAAUGAAUCCUUUGCAUUGAUAUACUUGUGCACUUUUCCACAGGGAAGCUUACAGAAGAUAUUGAAGAGUUAGUUGAAAGUUGGAGAGACAUUCCACCCCAAGAGAAUAUCUUCUCCAGUGAUGUCUCAUUUAACUAUGAACCACCCUGCCUGACUCACUCCCAAUCAUUUUACAGGGAAAGAGAGUUGUUGGCGGGAAAACGAGACCCAAUAUAGGUGUUUGACGUGGGAGAUUCUUUGCGGAGUCAAUUGAUCAGCUUCAGGAGAGAGAUCGUGUGUGGACUUCGUAACCCCAGUUCCUUGCUUUCCGGAUCAAGUAUUCAAGCCUUUGCCUUACCUUGCUGUUUAUCCACGGACCCUGUUCCUCGCUUCACGUUUUGCCUUGUUUCUAGUCACGGACCUAGUCAAGAACCAAGUUUAUUUCCAGCCUUGUUGUCAAGCUUCAUUGGACUUCUAAGACUCUGACAUUUCCCCACACUAUUGCUUGGCAAAAGUGUGUGUUUCGGUCAAGUGGAUUAAAACUUUGAACUCUAAUAUCAUUUAUUGGACAAUACAUUUUUGGACUAUAUUUGACCUCAUUUGAAAGGUCUGCUUCUGAACUAUAUUCUUCACUUGUUUUUAUUGCUUUUAUAUAUUUCCUUAAUAAAGAUAUUAGAUAUAGAUUGGCCUCCGUGUAAGGUUAUUGGUGCCCAGUAGCCAGGGGUCUGACAGUAUUCGAGCAGCAGUCUUAGUAAGAAUGAUUUUUGUGACUGAUAAUGGACAGACUCUGGAUUAUGACUUGAACUUAUGUAAUUUUAAAUGGAUGUUUUUAUAAUGGAUGCUUUAAUUAUCUGUUUUAACUGUAAUUGUUUUAUAACUGUUGUGUUUUUGGCAUCUACUGACUCCCGGUUGUGUCCAUUAGCAGCCGUUUUUGCAGCCUUUCUUGGGUAUCACCUCAAGAGGGAGGCCUCUUAUGGCUUGGGAUCCGCAGUGCAUAUAUUUUUUAAUAUAUUUUUUUAUUGAAGUUUUACCUUAUAAGAUAGAGUAAAUUAACAUUGAAAGAGUGGGAACAUUUGAUUGUAUAGAAAGUAGGCACCUUGAAAUGCUUGGUGCCGGUCGAACACUGGACUCCCUGGCUGGCCCACUGACACCUCCGGUCCAGGAGGUGGUGGUGAGGUUGUCCUUUGCUAUACAGAAACACCUUGAGCCACUUCUUACCAGCAAGGUCCAUAUGCUGGCGGCUUUGUGCGAUCCUUGGCUAAAGUACACCGUCUACCUCAAAGACUUUACCGUAUGGAAGGCCCAGCUAGUAAACCUUGUGAGGGAGGUCUUUGCUGCCAGGGUGGGGGAAAUGGGCCCAGUGGCCCCUCUACCGGAGAUGCCUGCCACCCCCAGCACUAAUGGAAGUGGCGAGAGUGACAGUCCCGGGGAGCCGGCCGGGGGUUGCCGUAGGGUAAUGGGUCUCCAGCAAUGACAAGGAAAUGCUUUCUUUGCGGAGAUGAUGGCCAUACUAGCCCGCUCAGAAGAUACCUCUUUGCUGGCUUCGGUGCAAAAGGUAGACUCGGCCGAGUGCUUAGUCAACCGGUACUUUGAGGAACCUCCAGAGAUAAUUUCCUGUGAUCCAUUGGCCUACCGGGUUUCACGUGAUCACAUCUGGCCGGAUCUAUCACACGUAGCCCGCCAGUUUCUCAGCUGCCCGCCAACCAGCGUGCAGAGCGAAAGGGUCUUCAGCCUUGCGGGUGAUGUAGUCACACCCCACCGCAGCUUGCUGGACACACAAACAGUUGAGAAACUGGUCUUGAAGGCCAACCUUCCCGUGUUGAAUUUCCCCGAGUUGGAUUUUGACACUCAUUCCUCCUAGAACAACAAUACUCUUCCUUUAAGCUGCUCUGUUUCUGGUUUAUUUUGGCAACUUGGGGGGAGGGGGGUUAGUCCCUUUUCCUUAUGUCCCACACCUCUCUCCUCCGUUCUCCAAAGCUAUCCUAGUUCACAGUUCUCCCUUCCGUCCCCCAGAGUUUUCCUGUCCGUCUUAAUCAUCACACACACACCGUUCUCUGCUUGCGUUUUCGGAGACACCCAUCCCUAGGGGGCAGUCCCUGCAGUUUGUCUAAGUUUUGUUUUGCUUAUUAAGGCUUCGGGUUGGGAAGAAGUAAAUUCAGAUAGAUAUUCAAGGUGAACUUAGUGUAUAAAACCAAUGUAGGAAAUGCAUCCGCUUUGGGUACAGUUUAAAAUAAAUACAGAUUUAAAUCAA